AUGAUUUCUUUACAUUUGGAAACAUUCCAAAAAAUGGCUUUUGAUGCGACAGAUACUCGACCUGUGAUUUCUCAAGAGGAUAAAACUGGCGAUGAUUAUUUUAAUGAUGCACAAGAGUUCUUGUCACAGCAAAAAUAUAAUGAUGCAAUGAAAGCUUUUGAUCAAGCCAUUGAACUCAAAUGUGAACACCUUGACUAUGCUUAUAAUAUGCGAGGAACCUUUGCUUACUUAAUGGGGGAUUUUGAAGGUUCAUUAAGCUAUUUUGAAAAGGCUCUCGAGUUGAAGCCGAAUUAUGUACAAGUUCAUAUUAAACGUGCAACAGUUUAUACAGAACAGGGCAAAAAACUUGAAGAAUGCUUGGAUGAAUUUUCUAAGGCUAUUGAAAUUGACGAGAAUAACCCUGAUAUAUAUUAUCACAGAGGACAAGCCAUUGAUGAUUAUCAACGUAGAAUAGAGCUUGAUCCGGAAUUUGUUUAUGCUUAUAUACAACUUGUCAUAUGCCAAUACAAAUCUAAAGGAAUAGCAGACGCGAUUAAAGUCUGUGAGGAUGCAAUAGAGAAAUUUAAUGAUUCAGCAGAACUUUAUAAUUAUUACGGUGAACUGUUGGUUGAAAAUGGUGAUAUUAAUACAGCAAUAGAAAAAUUUGAUAAGGCUAUUGAGUUUGCUAAAGGGAAAUUUGUAUCACCACUAAUACACAGAGCAAUGCUUGUUUUACAUCCUAAUAACAAUUUUACUGAUGCCGAAAAUUAUUGUCAGCGAGCUUUAGAUAUCGAUCCAGAUAAUGAGCUUGCACAUUUAGUUAUGGGCGAGAUUUUAUUGUCAAAAAAUGAUUGUGAAGGGGCUUUACGAUAUUUUGAAAAGUAUCAAGAAUUUCCAAGAACUGAAAAUGAACUUAUAGGCGUUCAGGAAUAUAUAGAGGCUGCAAAGUCUCGUAUUGUUUUCAAGAAAAAAUAUCCACAAGUAUCUGAACGCACAUUUGGAAAAAUAUAA